UGCUGGAAAUACUAUAAGUUAGGUGAUUGUAUAUGUAACAUCAAAGAAUGGAAUAUGUUUUGAGGAUUUUAAUUCGAAGUGCAACACCAGCACUAAUUUCAAGUACACAUGCUUCGAAAUUUCAUAUCUAUCAUGGUUUCUAUUGCUGUAAUUCAUAGCAUGAGAUUUCUGGAAUGAUAGCAUCAUGGGUGUAGCUUCUAUUUUGUUGGCUGGAUUUGGUUCCUCUGUCUAUAAUUUUGCUGCUGACUUCUUUACGAUAUUUUUCUGCCUGUUUGUGGCCGUAUUUUCUAUCUGUCAACUCUUAUGUCUUCUUCUUACCUCUUUUGAGGGUUAUUAAAUAUGUUUAAGCACUUUGUUGUGACUUUUUUUCGGUUUUAGUAACAUAAUAUCAUUUUAGUUUUGUAGUAUAUAAUCUCCUUAACUCAUAGGAACAUAUUAGUUCUUUUGAAUCUAUAGCAUUUGACUCUCCAGUCGCCUAUGAUGCCAAAUAACAGGAAGCUAUGCCCCAAUAUUGGAUGGUUUUGGGUGCAUAACAGUAAUAACUGCAGAGAAUGGGAGGUUGUUGUUGUUCUUCCAGAAAAGCUCAUAUGCAACUGCACGGAGCACCUGUGUAUUUCUAUUGUCCACCAGUUUUGGAAGAGCAAGAGUCCUUAAGAUCUCAUGAUGUCGCAGCCUCUGCACUCAGUGCAGGACUCCUGGUUCAUUGGGAUCUGGAAGCAUCAACACCAGACACUUACAGACCCCCUCCUCCACCUUUGCCAUAUGAUAUGGUCUUUGGAUGUUCACGAUCAACAGAUUCUGAUUCUGUCAGGGAAACAAUCAGCUGCAGUAGUUUUGAUACAUCAGCUACUUGUGGAGAUCUUGGGGAAUCAGACUGCAAAGUUCAAGAAAAUUCUUUGAAUACCUCACCAAAGAAGUUAGAACUUUCAAAAUCAAAUGAACCUCAUGUUUUAGCAAAAGAAGACGAGGAUGUCUGCCCCAUUUGUCUUGAAGACUAUGAAACAGAGAAUCCAAAAUUUAUCACAAAAUGCGAGCACCACUAUCACCUCUGUUGUAUUCUUGAGUGGAUGGAAAGAAGUGAUGCCUGUCCUAUAUGUGAUCAGGAACUGGGGAUUGACCAUAGCUUUAGUUUGUAGCUAAUUAGUGCUCUUUUAAAAUCAAAGUUUAUUUGCUGCUUGAAGUCAGAGAUUGCCAACUCAGUAGACUCUGGAUGGACAGUAGCUGUUUGUUUCGAAACCUGCAGGGGAUGGGUGUCCUGCAGAUUCAUUUUUUAAUCUGGUCAUUCUCAAAUUGGAGGUUGAACUGGAUCUCUUAUGUUAGCUGUUUUGUUUGGUCAGUUGUUGGUAAAGUCUCUCUCUUUGUUUAGAGCUUGAUUUCCAAUUCUCAGACAGGUCUCUGGAUUCUAAAGUGGAGCAAUCGAGAAGUUAAGAACAAAGCCAUCCAAUGGAAACCAGAAAAAUGAAUGCCAGUGCCAUCUUCAAAGUUGUGUUGGUUUGCUACAACUCUUUUUGUACAGAUCUCUUAGUUUGUUGUAGGAAUCAUUCUGUUGUCAUUUGUUGUUAUCUGCUGCAGAAUUUGAUUUAUACACUCACUGCAGCCCUUGGAUUCUAAUCUGUAAAUCACAUCUCUGUUACAUUUUGGGUGGAUUUGAUUUGGCAAAGUUGUUUCA